CGAAGGUGAAAGAAAACGAAACUAUGCUUGACUGUGUUUACUGAGCUCGACGCCAUUACAGACGGGAACUUUUCCUCUGGAAAACACAUAUUUGAAGGAAUUUCAGUGGACAGGUGAAGAAACUAUAAGUUGGUGAGUCCUGUUACUGAAAAGCUUUAAGCAGAAAUGGCUGAAGAAAUCUCUCACGUUAAAAGUUACCUGAGCUGCUAUGUUUGUUCAGAGACGUUCAGGGAUCCUGUCACUCUGAGUUGUUUGCAUAACUUUUGUUCGAGCUGUCUGCGACAGAUCUGGGACCAAAUUGGAAACAAAAACUGUCCCAUUUGUAAAAGAAGAUCAUCAAAGGAUUCCCCUCCAUUGAAUCUAUCACUAAAGGAAUUUGCUGACUCUUUUGUUGAAAGACUCAAAUGUGGAUCGUCUGACGCAGAAGGGGGGGAACAGCAAACACCCGUGCUUUGUAGAGAACAUGGAGAAGAGCCUAAACUGUUCUGCAGAGACGAACAGAGAGCUGUGUGUCCUGGAUGUGACGUUUCUCUGCACCAGAACCACAAAGUGGUUCCUGUAGAAGAAGCAGUCAGUGAGCUGAAGGAGCAGCUGAAAUCUGACUUAAAGUCUCUGCAGGACAAGAGGGACAAAUACAAACAAGUGGAGGAAAUAUAUAAAGAUGUGGUUCAACACUCCAAGAAGCAGCUGUCGUCCACAGAGAAGCAGAUCAGAGCAGAGUUCAACAAACUCCAGCAGUUCCUGAAAGAGGAAGAGGAGUCCAGACUGGCAGCUCUGAGGGAGGAAGAGGAGCAGAAGGGGAGGAGAAUCAGCAGGGAGAGGAAGAGGAUCCAGGAGCAGAUCUCCUCUCUGUCAGACAGCAUCUCUGCUGUUGAAGAAGACCUGCAGAAAGACAACAUGAUGUUCCUCAGCAGGUAUAAACCCACUCAGGACAGAGCCAGAGACCAGUGCUCAGUGUCAGAUCCACAGCUGCUCUCAGGAGCUCUGAUAGAUGAGGCCAAACACCUGGGCAACCUGGCCUUCAGAGUCUGGGAGAAGAUGAGGGACAAGGUCCACUUCAGUCCUGUUAUUCUGGACCCAAACACUGCAGACCCCCGUCUCCAUCUGUCUGCUGAUCUGACCAGUUUGAGUUAUGGAGCUACAAAGCAGCAGCUUCCUGAUAAUCCAGAGAGAAACGUCAACUACGUCUGCGCUUUUGGUUCUGAGAGUUUCACCUCAGGGAAACACAGCUGGGAGGUGGAGGUGGGAGAUCAUCCCUCCUGGCUGCUGGGUUUGGUUAAAGACUCAGUUGAGAGGAAGGACGAGAGAUAUCCUUCACCAAGUAAUGGGAUCUGGUGUUUAUGGCUUCACGAUGGAAAAUACACGAACGGUGAGGAUGAGACCCGCAAGGUGAAGACGAGUCUCCAGAGGAUCAGAGUCCAGCUGGACUAUGAUGGGGGGGAGGUUUCCUUCUACAACCCUGAAGACAUGACACACAUCUACACUUACAGAGACACUUUCACUGAGAAACUCUUCCCUUAUUUUGGUCUCGGGAGGGCUAGAGGCGCAAAAACGUCUGAAAUCAAAGUCUCAACCUGCGUUUAGAAACUCAUUGAUGGAUUUUUUUCACUUGAAUGGGUUAUUCUUUUGUUCACGUAUGCUAGUUGUGUGUUUAAUAUAUACGUAGGAGAUAAAAUGUUUUGUUUUUUUUUCCUUUAAGAGAAACAGAUUUGUUCACGUAAAAAAAAAAGGUGGAGAUAAAGACGUGAUGAUUUAAGUUUUACCCAUUAAGAUAAAUUAAGCAACGGAUGAAAAAUGGCCUUUUGGUUAAUUCUGGCGCAUUUACAGAAAUGUUAAUUAAUGCGCAUUGUUGCUACCAAAUAGAUUAAAAAGAUAAAAAAUGAAUUAUUGGUUUUGUAGAAAUCAUUGAUUCUGUCUCUAAGAAACAGUCAAAUGUUAAAAAUGCAAUCUGGGGAUCAACUUUAUUUUCUGGAAUUAAUAUCUUCUUAUUUAAAGACAAUAGAUCACAAUAUGUAAAGAUGUAUGCUAACACUUCGGUGCACCAGUUCAGCCCCAUGGCUACACGUGCUGGUAAUUAAGUUUAUAUUUUAAUGUUUUCCCAACACGGAUGUUUAAAUUUUUAUGCAUUUGACAAAAAAUGAAAAUGAAGUGUCAACUUGUCUAAACUGCAUAUUUCAGGCCUCACAGACAUUUGGAUCAGGGCUCAGAAGAAUAUUUCAGAGUAGUCCAGUGUUUUUUUCUUAGCCACUAGGGUCACAUUAUUUGUUUUAUCCUAUAAAUAGGAAAUUUAGAUUAUAUUAUUUUUCUCUUGUGUACAAAUUUAUAUAUGAAUAUAUAUUACGACGGUGAGCUGAUACUGGUGAAUAUGUAUAUGUUGUUUGGGAUUGUUCUUUUGUAAAUACUGUUUACCGAUCACUUUUGUGGUAAUUGUCUGAAAUAAAUUCCAUUCAUUCAUUCAUUCAUUCAUUCAUUCAUUCAUUCAUUCAUUCAUUCAUUCAUUCAUUCAUUCAUUCAUUCAUUCAUUCAUUCAUUCAUUCAUCCUUACAAGGGGUACCAAUCGUCUAAACAAUUGUUUUAAUGAUUCUAUUGAGCCACAAUUCAAAAGUAAUGUCAAUUUGCACCCAAUUAUUAUUAUUACUUUUGUAAAGUUAUCAAUAGUGCUGAUCUCAUAAUAUGCAUACAUGCAACUGUCUCUAUAACUGUACAACUAAAUACGGAAGUAGAUAUAAUAAAAACAAUAAAAAACAAUGUCCCCCCCAGUAUUAAUGAAGUAUGUGUAUAUAUUAAAUCUAAAUCUAAAAUCUCUUUAUUUCCUAUUUUAUUUCAACAUGUAAAUGCUCCUGUAAAAAUUCAAAUUUAGUUUGUCAUUUUAAUUAUGGACUGUUUAAUCUAUUUUAUUACUUGUAUUUUGCACCGUGGGUCAGAGAGGACUGUAAUGUAAUUUGUGCAGUAUGUCUAUACAACAUAUCUGACAAUAAAACUUGAAACUUGAAUCAGAUCCACACUUUGCACUUACUGCACUUCUGUUUAGGUGAUAAUUACAUUUUCUUACAUUGUACCUGUUAUAUGUAUAAUGACAAUAAUGUUGAAUCUAAAUCUAAAUCUUAUUUUUCACAAUUGUAAUAGCCAUUAGUGUUAGGUUUGAAUGAAUUAUGUUUGGAUAUGUUUUGUUUUGGGUUAGCUUCCUACCACUUCGGGGAGUGGUGGCACUGAAGGUCAAAGGUUAUAUAAUUAAGUUGAUGAAUGAACUCAGGUGUUGCUGAGUAGGAAGCAAACAGUUUUUUGCCCAUGUGGUAUUGUUGUAAAUGAAAAGGAAAGAUUUGUAUGUUUUUUGGAGUAAAGAAU